GUGACAAAAAGUGACCUAGAAAAGUUAAAAGGCACCUACAGACAAUUAACGAAGGAUGCCCACAGUGCCAAAGAAAAGUACAGAGACGCAAUGGUGAAAGGUAAGAAUCUCUCCUGAUUAUUUACUGAGAAAUUCUAGUUUAAUGUAAUGAUUCAUAGUAGGGCAGUUUUCCUUGGAGGAAAUGCAUGAAAUCUUAUUACAGACCAGCUGAAGUGCAUCAAUACAUGAAUCACCAAACCCUACGGAGGGAGAUCAUAUGGCCGACAUGUCUUGGGAGGAGGAUGAUGAGGCACAACCAUAUUAAACCUCCUCCAUACAAACCAGCAGUACAGCACUUCUUGGUUUGUUUUCAGGCAAGGAGCCGGAGAAGGCGAGGGAGCGCUACGACAAGGCCACCAUGAAGCUCCACAACCUCCACAACCAGUACGUGCUGGCGGUGCGGAGCGCCCAGCUCCACCAGGAGCACUACCACGACACCACGCUGCCCCUCCUCCUCGACUCCCUGCAGAAGAUGCAGGAGGAGAUGAUCAGUGCACUGUGAGUGUGUGGCUCCAGCAGAGAUCAACAAGGGAUAUACUACAUAAAGCAUCAUAUUCAAAUGGGUUUGAGAAUGUUUUGGAGGUUAAAGUAGAUGAACAAAAAAAAUAAGAGUCUGUGUGUUUACUUUGUCAUUUGCUUCGUUAAGUCUCAACCCUUAGGUUGAAACCUGAUGAAGGUCUAAGGGUUGAAACGUUGUUGGUGAACACACUUGGGUGCAUAUGCCACUGUGUGCAGAGUGUUCCUUUUCUGCAGUGUCCAACCUAGACUUCCAGCAGUAGACUGCAGGUUAUGAGUCAUCAGAUCUGUGAUGCCCUAACAUGUCAGGCGACGUAAACAUUCUUUGGAAAUUGUAAUACGUAAAUGAAUAACUAUUUGCGAGGGUUCUUCUUGUUGUCGCAUGGGAUUAGAUCCCAGAUUAGGCUUAAUCCCAUAAUUUCAUAGCUGUCGUGGGAUUACUAGGAGGCAGAGGCAACCUCUUUUUCAGAAUGUCCCGCUUAAGCUGUGUUUUUAAUCACAACGUUUUUUAAAUCUCAGAUGUUAAUAACAGGAGAACAAUUCAGAGCACCUCUGCUAAAAUGAUAUUUCUGAACUGAGUGAGAGUGUGAUGAGAAACACAAUGGGUUUAGAAUGACAACGUGUCGAUCCCUGGUUUCAUAAUCCCGCAGAGAUGUCCAUCUGUGUGAUCGUCGAGUCACGCAAAUGUGUGUGUGUGUUUUUAAAUCUUUAAUAUACUGAGCAAAUUCUUACCUCAAUAUUAACCUUGUUUUAUGAUUUUGUUAUGAUUUUCUGACUGUUGCGACAUUUUCAGGAAGGGGAUUUUGGAAGAAUACAGUGAAAUCACCAGUCUCUUAACUGAUGAAAUCGUGAAGGUCCACAAAGAAAUCCACACCUCCAUCGACCAAAUUGACCCUGUGUCAGAGUAUGAACACUUCAUUGAGGUUCACAAGUAGGUUUUUAGUUUAAGGCCUUUGAAAUGUGGCCUUUUAUGCUUCACUAACAGUACUUUAUUCCCAUUUAAAUGUCUAAUUUUGGUUAACAUGAAGUAUAAUCUUCUUCAGGUCUCCAGAAACCAAAGAACCGAAUGUAGAAUUUGACGUUUCACUGUUGGAGGAAACAGAGAAUCUUCAAGCAAAUGAGAUCCUAUGGAACAAUUUGACUGCAGACAGUUUACAAGCGAUGUGAGUAGAACAUGUAUGACGGGAGGAGGGUAUUGCCCUCAUUAACCUUGUCUCGUUCUCUGACGUUUUGAAAAGAAGGUGAGAGGAGGGUGCGAGGAAUCAAGCAGUACAGCAUCUCCGAUUGACUAAGGAUAUAGUGUGUGCCUCUGUUGACUGACUGAUUGUGUCAAAGGUCAGAUUCACUUUAAUCCACUGUAUCUCUUUCUGCAGGCUGAAAUCCACAUCAGAUGAGCUGGGCCUCACUCAGCAGAGCCUACGCACCAAGGAGGAUCUCAUGCAAGAUCUAGAGAACAAGCUUGAUGAGUCCACCAAAACAUGUGAAAAGAAGUCUGAGUACGUUGCUACCAUAACAGUACAGCUCUAAUGAUUCUUACAUUCUGCUUGAUAAGAUUAUCUCCCAUAGCAGCUAGCAUGUUAGUAUUCUGUCCACCAUUAUGAGAAGUCAUGUUCAAAUGAAUUUUAUCAUGGGGCAAAACUGAUAUGUUAGAUGUUUUCCACAAUCUCAUGGCUUUCAGUUGUACAUGUGCCGUUAAGCAAUAACAACAGAGACCAUUAGAGACUAGCUUAAUAGAUUCCAAGUUUGGCGUUGUUUCUAAGAAGCCUGAUUGGCCAUGAUAUAACUCUAGGAGCAUGAAUGAUGUGAAGAUUCAUUGAGGCGGACAGGGUACAAUAGACAGAGGUAUGUCUGUAGCACAGGGCUCAGCACAUAUUUCAGGGUCUGCUGGAUAAUCCCCUAUAAGAGACAAUGAUAUUAUAAGGGCUUGUUCAGUCAUCCCCAUGUGAAGUCUCAGCUACAGGUGUGGUUAUGUAUGAGGACUGGUUGUAUGGCCUAGGCUAGUUUUUUUCCUGUCUGAAGUUCUCUUUUUGAAAACAUGAAUAAAGUCAUUUGAUUAGGGCAGUUUUCAAGUAGUGAGAAGUUGUUCUUUUUUCUGAAAAAUUGUGCCUAUAGGUUUUAGCACUUGUGUGGCAAGCAAUCACUUUUAAAAAUGGACCUCAGCUUCCACAGCAAUGUUUGUUGGGUGUUUGACUAAAUUGUUUUGAGUGAAAUGUCUUCACACCCAUUAAUCAGAGUACAGAAACAGCUCAGCUGUUAAACUGUAGGCUAUAUAUCCCUCUGGUGGAACGCAAACUAGAAAAUAAUUUUCCACAUCCUCGUUCCGAGAGGUGGAUUAAGUAGUAAUACUGUUUGAUUUCAGACGAGCACCAGAGCGUGACCUCUUUCUCUCUCUCUUUCUCAAUCUCUAUCUAUUCCUAUUUUUUCACUCUCACAUUCUCUCUCUCCAUCUCUCUGCCUCUCUCUCUCCUUGUCUCUCACACCACACUCAUUCUCUCUUUCCAUCUCUCCUUCACUCAAUCAGUGCGGUGCUGCUGCUCAGUCAGAAGCAGUCUUUGGAGGAGCUGAGGCAGACAGUCCAGUUGCUGCGCUGCACAGAGGCCAAGCUGGGCGCCCAGAAGGACCUGCUCGACCACAAGAUGCAGGAGAACGAGGGCAAGGAGCCUCCCCCCAUGGUCAACUACGAGGACGACGCGCGCUCCGUCAACUCCAUGGUGAGUGAGUGGGUGUUGUUGUGGAGUUGACCGUUGUUGGUUUUUGAAUAGGAAGGACUUACUUGUCAAGUCAGAAUCCAAACUGAUAAGUGAUGGCGAACCAUGGGGAAACGGAGCACAUCAAUGUGGAUUCCAGGCUAUUACUUCCUUUGUAAUCAGAAGGAACGCAGCACUUUCCGCUCAGACUGUCCCACUAUGAACUCCUCUGUCUCUAACCUUUUCAGAGAUACUAUACAGUCGUGGUCAAAGGUUUUGAGAAUGACACAAGUAUUGGUUUUCACAAAGUUCGCUGCUUCAGUGUUAUGAGAUAUUUUUGUCAGAUGUUACUAUGCUAUACUGAAGUAUAGUUACAAGCAUUCCAUAAGUGUCAAAGGCUUUUAUUGACAAUUACAUUAAGUUUAUGCAAAGAGUGAAUAUUUGCAGUGUUGACCCUUCUUUAUCAAAACCUCUGCAAUCCGCCCUGGCAUGCAGUCAAUUAACUUCUGGGCCACAUCCUGACUGAUGGCAGCCCAUUCUUGCAUAAUCAAUGGUUGGAGUUUGUCAGAAUUUGUGGGUUUUUGUUUGUCCACCCGCCUCUUGAGGAUCGACCACAAGUUCUCAAUGGGAUUAAGGUCUGGGGAGUUUUCUGGCCAUGGACCCAACAUUUCGAUGUUUUGUUCCCCGAGCCAGUUAGUUAUCACUUUUGCUUUAUGGCAAAGUGCUCCAUCAUGCUGGAAAAGGCAUUGGUCGUCACCAAACUGUUCAUGGAUAGUUGGGAGAAGUUGCUCUCGGAGGAUGUGUUGGUACCAUUCUUUAUUCAUGGCUGUGUUCUUAGGCAAAAUUGUGAGUAAGCCCACUCCCUUGGCUGAGAAGCAACCCCACACAUGAAUGGUCUCAGGAUGCUUUACUGUUAGCAUGACACAGGACUGAUGGUAGCGCUCACCUUGUCUUCUCUGGACAAGGUGUUUUCCGGAUGCCCCAAACAAUCGGAAAGGGGAUCCAUCAGAGAAAAUGACUUUACCCCAGUCCUCAGCAGUCCAAUCCCUGUACCUUUUGCAGAAUAUCAGUCUGUCCCUGAUGUUUUUCCUGGAGAGAAGUGGAUUCUUUGCUGCCCUUCUUGACACCAGGCCAUCCUCCAAAAGUCUUCACCUCACUGUGCGUGCAGAUGCACUCACACCUGCCUGCUGCCAUUCCUGAGCAAGCUCUGCACUGGUGGUGCCCCGAUCCCGCAGCUGAAUCAACUUUAGGAGACGGUCUUGGCACUUGCUGGACUUUCUUGGGCGCCCUGACGCCUUCUUCACAACAAUUGAACCUCUCUCCUUGAAGUUCUUGAUGAUCUGAUAAAUGGUUGAUUUAGGUGCAAUUUUACUAGCAGCAAUAUCCUUGCCUGUGAAGCCCUUUUUGUGCAAAGCAAUAAUGACGGCAUGUGUUUCCUUGCAAGUAACCAUGGUUAACAGAGGAAGAACAAUGAUUUCAAGCACCACCCUCCUUUUAAAGCUUCCAGUCUGUUAUUCUAACUCAAUCAGCAUGACAGAGUGAUCUCCAGCCUUGUCCUCGUCAACACUCUCACGUGUUAACGAGAGAAUCACUGACAUGAUGGCAGCUGGUCCUUUUGUGGCAGGGCUGAAAUGCAUUGGAAAAGUUUUUUUGGGAUUAAGUUCAUUUUCAUGGCAAAGAGGGACUUUGCAAUUAAUUGCAAUUAAUCUGAUCACUCUUCAUGACAUUCUGGAGUAUAUGCAAAUUGCCAUCAUCAAAACUGAGGCAGCAGACUUUGUGAAAAUUAGUAUUUGUGUCAUUCUCAAAACUUUUGACCACGACUGUAUAGCGUCUGUUGAUUAAAUGUCUUUGCUUGAUGAUUUUGUUAGUCUUAGAUACUUUUGCGGCUGAUAUUUACUUAUGUACACUUACACAUACUGGUACUGUGUCAGUAUACUGCUUUUCAUUCAUUGUAUAGUAGUAGGCCAGUAUGUGUUUUGUCUUCUGCUGUCUCCAUGAAUAUACUCCUUCAGGCAAAUCAAAGUUGUUGUUUUUUAUCUAAAAUAUGCUGUUGUGCUGAAUCUUUCAUUUAAAACAAUUUGUACCUUUCUCAUCAAAUGUCACUGAAAUGUCGACCCAUAGAGGUAAAAAAAAUAGAUGUAUCUCUGUGUCAAUCAUGUCCCUGUUUUAAAAGCAGAUGGUGUCAUUAUAAACCAGUUCAGAAGAAAAACACUGAUAAACGUUGCAUACCUGUUUUCCACAGAUUUUUGUCAUUUCAGUGAAAUGGAAACAUGUUUCACCAAUGUUGAGAUAUUUGGCUUUGAAUGGGGCAGUGUAAGAGAUAAAGCUUUUUGUUGACUCUGCAGUAUGUGGUAGAUGAUAUGGUGGUGCUGUUGAGCCUCCUUUAGACUCUAGCUCUCUCUGCAGAGAGUUGGAUGAGCAAAGGGGGGCAGUGUAAGCACAUUGUGAUGGCUAUAAACCUCUAUAUAAUAUAAUAAUAAUAAAUAUAUAUAAUAUCGUAUUGUGAGGUCCCUGGCAAUUCCCAGCCCCAAUUAAUCAAAUGGCCACCCGGACUAUUUGCAUUGACCCCCCCCCCUUGGUUUUUACACUGCUGCUAAACUCGCUGUUUAUUAUCUAUGCAUAGUCACUUUAUCCCUACCUACAGUGGGGGGAAAAAGUAUUUAGUCAGCCACCAAUUGUGUAAGUUCUCCCACUUAAAAAGAUGAGAGAGGCCUGUAAUUUUCAUCAUAGGUACACGUCAACUAUGACAGACAAAAUGAGAAAAGAAAAUCCAGAAAAUCACAUUGUAGGAUUUUAAUGAAUUUAUUUGCAAAUUAUGGUGGAAAAUAAGUAUUUGGUCAAUAACAAAAGUUUCUCAAUACUUUGUUAUAUACCCUUUGUUGGCAAUGACACAGGUCAAACGUUUUCUGUAAGUCUUCACAAGGUUUUCACACACUGUUGCUGGUAUUUUGGCCCAUUCCUCCAUGCAGAUCUCCUCUAGAGCAGUGAUGUUUUGGGGCUGUCGCUGGGCAACACGGACUUUCAACUCCCUCCAAAUAUUUUCUAUGGGGUUGAGAUCUGGAGACUGGCUAGGCCACUCCAGGACCUUGAAAUGCUUCUUACGAAGCCACUCCUUCGUUGCCCGGGCGGUGUGUUUGGGAUCAUUGUCAUGCUGAAAGACCCAGCCACGUUUCAUCUUCAAUGCCCUUGCUGAUGGAAGGAGGUUUUCACUCAAAAUCUCACGAUACAUGGCCCCAUUCAUUCUUUCCUUUACACGGAUCAGUCGUCCUGGUCCCUUUGCAGAAAAACAGCCCCAAAGCAUGAUGUUUCCACCCCCAUGCUUCACAGUAGGUAUGGUGUUCUUUGGAUGCAACUCAGCAUUCUUUGUCCUCCAAACACGACGAGUUGAGUUUUUACCAAAAUGUUCUAUUUUGGUUUCAUCUGACCAUAUGACAUUCUCCCAAUCCUCUUCUGGAUCAUCCAAAUGCACUCUAGCAAACUUCAGACGGGCCUGGACAUGUACUGGCUUAAGCAGGGGGACACGUCUGCACUGCAGGAUUUGAGUCCCUGGCGGCGUAGUGUGUUACUGAUGGUAGGCUUUGUUACUUUGGUCCCAGCUCUCUGCAGGUCAUUUACUAGGUCCCCCCGUGUGGUUCUGGGAUUUUUGCUCACCGUUCUUGUGAUCAUUUUGACCCCACGGGGUGAGAUCUUGCGUGGAGCCCCAGAUCGAGGGAGAUUAUCAGUGGUCUUGUAUGUCUUCCAUUUCCUAAUAAUUGCUCCCACAGUUGAUUUCUUCAAACCAAGCUGCUUACCUAUUGCAGAUUCAGUCUUCCCAGCCUGGUGCAGGUCUACAAUUUUGUUUCUGGUGUCCUUUGACAGCUCUUUGGUCUUGGCCAUAGUGCAGUUUGGAGUGUGACUGUUUGAGGUUGUGGACAGGUGUCUUUUAAACUGAUAACAAGUUCAAACAGGUGCCAUUAAUACAGGUAACGAGUGGAGGACAGAGGAGCCUCUUAAAGAUGAAGUUACAGGUCUGUGAGAGCCAGAAAUCUUGCUUGUUUGUAGGUGACCAAAUACUUAUUUUCCACCAUAAUUUGCAAAUAAAUUCAUAAAAAAUCCUACAAUGUGAUUUUCUGGAUUUUUUUCUCUCAAUUUGUCUGUCAUAGUUGACGUGUACCUAUGAUGAAAAUUACAGGCCUCAUCUUUUUAAGUGAGAGAACUUGCACAAUUGGUGGCUGACUAAAUACUUUUUUUCUUUACUGUACAUGUACAAAUGACCUGGACUAACCUGUACCAACACACAUUGACUCGGUACCGGUACCCCUCGUUAUUGUUAUUUUAUUGUGUUAUUAUUGUUUAUUUUUUUGACUAGUUUAUUUAUUAAAUAUUUUCUUAACUCUAUUUUCUUAAAACUGCAUUGUUGGUUAAGGGCUUGUAAGUAAGCAUUUCACGGUAAGGUCUACACCUGUUGUAUUCGGCGCAUGUGACAAAUAACAUUUUAUUUUAUUUGAUACACUAUAGUUUACUGUAGUCGGCUUGCUCAACUGUUUAUUCUCAACAGAUUUUCAACCAAAUGUCUGUAUUUUCAGGACAAAGGCAAAGACAGGACAUCAAAGUUUGACACCUUGCGUCAUUCCUUCGCUGGCAUCAUCCGCUCUCCCAAAUCAGUCCUUGGCUCAUCAUCGGUAAAUUCUAAAGUCUGUUAAAAAAAACAGGUUUUAAAAGCAUUGUGUUCUUGUGUAGUGAGUGUGGAAACUAUCCUGUCUAUCAUAGAUAUUGCAUUCAAAUUGUGCAUUACCUGUUUAAUCUGAGUGGAGUGACACAGAUCUUAUAGCUCUCUUGACUUGCGAUUGAUUCCUAACUGACAUUAUCAUCAUAUCAUCAUGUCAUAUCAUUCCAUUGUACGUGUCCAGCAGUUUUUCGACGUGAUCCCAACCAGUGAGAAGCCCCUGGGGGACCAGGAGUGGUACCAUGGGGCCAUCCCCAGGACCGAGGCCCAGGAGUUGCUCAAAGAGCAGGGAGACUUCCUGGUCCGGGAGAGCCACGGCAAGCCUGGCGAGUACGUCCUGUCCGUCUUCUCCGAGGGACAGCGGAGACACUUCAUCAUCCAGUUUGCAGACGUGAGUUCUACUUGUUCAGUUCUAAAUAAAACUAAAGGCAUUUCUUAGCCUGGUCAUAGAUCUGUUUGUGCCAUGUUUGGCAUGACAAGGAGUUGACAUGAUGGCACAAACAGAUCUCAGACCAGGCUAGGUGUUUGUCUCACUGCAGAGCCACUAGGUUUCAGCAGUAAAAGAGACAAAAUAUAAAGGUGUAGGACCUUCCGAGUGGCGCAGCGUUCUAAGGCACUGCAUGGCAGUGCUAGAGGCGUCACUACAGACCCGGGUACGAUCCUAGGCUGUGGCGCAGCCGUCCGCAACCAGGAGACCAAUGAGACGGUGCAUAAUUGGCCCAGCGUCGUCUGGGUUAGGGGAGGAUUUGGCCGGCCGAGAUGUCCUUGUCCCAUUGCGUUCUAGUGACUCCUUGUGGCGGGCCGGUCGCCAGUUGUACGUGUUUCCUCCGACACAUUGGUGCGGCUGGCUUUCGGGUUAAGCGAGCAGUGUGUCAAGAAGCAGUGCGGCUUGGCAGGGUCGUGUUUCGGAGGACGCAUGGCUCUCGACCUUCACCUCUCCCGAGUCCGUACGGGAGUUGCAGCGAUGGGACAAGACUGUAACUACCAAUUGGAUAUCACGAAAUUGGGGAGAUAAAGGGGUAAAAAGUACACACAAAAAUAAAUAUAUAUAUAUACAGUAACUUGCGAAAGUAUUCACCCCGGUGACAUUUUUCCUAUUUUGUUGCCUUACAACCUGAAAUUAAAAUGGAUUUUUGGGUGGGGUUGUAUCAUUUGAUUUAGACAACAUGCCUACCACUUUGAAGAUGCAAAAUAUUUUUUUGGGUGAAACAAACAAGAAAUAAGACAAAAAAACUGAACUUGAGCGUGCAUAACUAUUCACCCCCCCCCCCCCCCCCCCCCCCAAAAAAAAGUCAAUACUUUGUAGAGCCACCUUUUGCAGCAAUUACAGCUGCAAGUUUUUGGGGUAUGUCUCUAAGCUUGGCACAUCUAGCCACUGGGAUUUCUGCCCAUUCUUCAAGGAAAAACUGCUCCAGCUCCUUCAAGUUGGAUGGGUUCCACUGGUGUACAGCAAUCAUUAAGUCAUACCACAGAUUCUCAAUUGGAUUGAGGUCUGGUCUUUGACUAGGCCAUUCCAAGACAUUUAAAUGUUUCCCCUUAAACCACUCGAGUGUUGCUUUAGCAGUAUGCUUAGGGUCAUUGUCCUACUGGAAGGUGAACCUCCAUCCCAGUCUCAAAUCUCUGGAAGACUGAAACAGGUUUCCCUCAAGAAUUUCCCUGUAUUUAGCGCCACCAUCAUUCCUUCAAUUCUGACCAGUUUCCCAGUCCCUGCCGAUGAAAAACAUCCCCACAGCAUGAUGCUGCCACCACCAUGCUUCACUGUGGGGAUGGUGUUCUCGGGGUGAUGAGAGGUGUUGGGUUUGCGCCAGACAUAGUGUUUUCCUUGAUGGCCAAAAAGCUCAAUUUUAGUCUCAUCUGACCAGAGUACCUUCUUCCAUAUGUUUGGGGAGUCUCCCACAUGCCUUUUGGCAAACACCAAACGUGUUUGCUUAUAUAUUUCUUCAAGCAAUGGCUUUUUUCUGGCCACUCUUCCGUAAAGCCCAGCUCUGUGGAGUGUAUGGCUUAAAGUGGUCCUAUGGACAGAUACUCCAAUCUCCGCUGUGGAGCUUUGCAGCUCCUUCAGGGUUAUCUUUGGUCUCUUUGUUGCCUCUCUGAUUAAUGCCCUCCUUGCCUGGUCCGUGAGUUUUGGUGGGCGGCCCUCUCUUGGCAGGUUUGUUGUGGUGCCAUAUUCUUUCCAUUUUUUAAUAAUGGAUUUAAUGGUGCUCCGUGGGAUGUUCAAAGUUUCAGAUAUUUUUUUAUAACCCAACCCUGAUCUGUACUUCUCCACAAUUUUGUCCCUGACCUGUUUGGAGAGCUCCUUGGUCUUCAAGGUGCCGCUUGCUUGGUGGUGCCCCUUGCUUAGUGGUGUUGCAGACUCUGGGGCCUUUCAGAACAGGUGUGUAUAUAUACAGAGAUCAUGUGACAGAUCAUGUGACACUUAGAUUGCACACAGUUUAUUUAACUAAUUAUGUGACUUCUGAAGGUAAUUGGUUGCACCAGAUCUUAUUUAGGGGCUUCAUAGCAAAGGGGGUGAAUACAUAUGCAUGCACCACUUUUCCGUUAUUUAUUUUUUAGAAUUUUUUGAAACAAGUUAGUUUUUUCAUUCCACUUCACCAAUUUGGACUAUUUUGUGUAUGUACAUUACAUGAAAUCCAAAUAAAAAUAAAUUUAAAUCACAGGUUGUAAUGCAACGAAAUAGGAAAAACACCAAGGGGGAUGAAUACUUUUGCAAGGCACUGUGUGUGUAUAUAUAUAUAUAUAUAUAUAUAUAUAUAUAUAUAUAUAUAUAUAUAUAUAUAUAUAUAUAUAAAGGUGUAGUCAGGUAUUUUUGAUGUGAUGAUGUGCGUCAGCCAAUGGUUACUUUAUGUCUGUCACUAAGACACAGAGAUGAGAGAUCACAGGCACCUUGGUUGAAACUGAAGUUAAUUGGCAAGGAAUUCUAUGGUUGAUGUGUUUUAAUUUAAUUCGUUCAGAUGACAGCUACUAGUAAUUGCUUGUGAAGUUGUUUCCGUAACACAAAAGAUGAUGAUUAGAAAAGCUUCCAACUCAACUUUGUAGUUAAUCAAUCCCAUGCUCUGUGCCGCCUCUUUGUCCACAGAACCAGUAUCGUUUUGAAGGCACUGGCUUCCCGACCAUUCCUCAGUUAAUUGAACACCAUUAUACUUCAAAGCAAGUUAUUACCAAGAAGUCUGGGGUGGUGCUUUUAAACCCAGUCGUCAAGGUAAAACAUAUUUGCUCUCCUAUCUUUUGUUCAUUCACCCUGUGAUUCAGAUCAGAAGUCAAUGAGUGGUUUCACAACAGGGGUGGGAAUGUAAUUAUUGCUAAAGCCAUCAAGCUGUCAUGGAGGCCUUUAAUCACACUGUGAAACUCAUCAAUAUGCUCAGGUUGUCCAGAAGCUUGUGGUGUUUGUGGUAGGAGGCUAAUAGAUGGUCAGGAAUAAGCCCUUGAAUAAGAAUCUGACAUUAACUAAAUAUUGUAGUUAUAUUUAUCAGUAAAGCUGUGAUCACAGUUGAACAACUUUUUGUUGAUGAAGUUCUAACUAGGUUCUCCACAUUAAAAAAAUAAAAAUCCAUUUAAAAAAAAUACAACGUAUAGAAUCGUGUGAAUCGCAAUAUAUAUCGUAUCGGUAUCGUGAGGUCCCUGGCAAUUCCCAGCCCUAAUUGACAGGAUUCAUUCCUGGUUUCCAGACCUGUAUGACGUUUUCAGGACCCAUUUCUCAUGUAUAAUAGUGCAAAUGUCUUUUUAAUAUCCACUCUGUGUUGCAGCUGCAUCCAAUAUGCUUUAAGUGACCUGGAUAGGGGGAAAUAGGCCAACACUGUUAAUACCCAGGUUUAAUCAUAAAGAAGACCUGGAGUCCUCCUUAGCUGGCCUGCUGGUGUUGAACAUAAUGGUGUUUUAAUUGCCUCAGCCAUCACCAACACAGGGCUAAUUGUUGUUGUCAUUACUACUGUAAUAGAUCUGCUGAAGCCUAGGAAUGCUAAGUGUUUUUAAAUGGUCUUUCUUCAAGCAUUUCAUGGAAAAGCGGUGAAAUUUGACCAUUAGGCACCACCUCGCACUUGGAAGAAUGCGAUUUGGAUUUGAUCAUUGUUUUAUUCGAUGAGACUGGCCGUUGGAAUGCGUUAUGUUGAGCUGGGCCAAAGAUGGAAAUACUUUGAAAUUAUUUUCUUGCUCUGAUGUUUUUGAGGCAUCAAGGUUUUUGUGGUUUAUUUUUUUGUGGAUGUUCUGUGUCUUGUGUUUACAUUGCGUAUGUUUUGUUCCGUCUUCUGUAGGAUAAAAAAUGGAUACUCAACCACGAGGAUGUUAGUCUUGGAGAGCUUCUUGGCAAAGUUAGUGAUUUUAGAUAUCCUUUUCAUUUUCAACACAUCUGUAGGACAGAUGUUAUCUUUGAUUAGUUUUGACAUCCAUCAUCAAUGAUGUCAAUAUAUGUUUGAUUAAACCAACUUCUGUUACUAUAUCUCUGUGUUUUCUUUGUUCUUAGGGCAACUUUGGUGAGGUAUUCAAAGGAACUUUGCGGGACAAGACUCCUGUGGCAGUCAAAACA